AUGGAAUUCAAGGAUAUCUUUAUUCAAAUUGGAACUAUAAUUGUGUUUUUACUAGAGUUUUUCUUUAGAAAUUCCAUAACAUUAAUUGUUCAUGCUCAUAAGAAUUACCCAGACAUCACUAAUGUUAUAUUUUUCAUUAUCGGAUUGUACAUUAUAUAUAAGAUGCUAGUUAAAACCCUUAGAUCCUGGAUCAAUUUUAUGAUAUUCACAAUCAAGACUAUAUUUGUUUUGUUUUUCAUACUUCUUGUAUUUGUUAUAUAUUUACGUGGUUGGGAAACAUUCAUCUAUCAGGAUGUCCCAUUUUUGAAAAAAUCCUUUAAUCACUUGAGGGCAGUUAAUGACAGUACGACAAAGAAUGGAGGAUUUGGAUUUAAUAAUAUUUUAAAUUUUGCCACCCAAUUUAAUUUGAACGAUAUCAAAUCGAUAUUUAGCAAUGUUGAAGAGAACAUUAAAGAAAACUUGGAUGAAUCAUCAGAAUAUUUCGAAUACAUUAAUAGUAAAUUUGGUAAUGAAAAUGGGAACGAGCCUGAUUAUGAGAAUAUCCAGAAACUAGUAGAAGAAGGUAUUGGUUAUUUACAGGAAAAUGUUGACUUGAAUGCAUUACGAAACAAUAUUCAGGACAUAUUGAAUCACAAUCAAAAUUAG